AAAACAAAUUUUAUUUUCUAAAGCCUUAUCAUAAAAAAACAAUAAUAUUCUUAUCUUCCAGAGUAAUGUCACACCAAAAACUUUUAGUACAAAUACAAUCCAAAAAAAACUCUGUUCAGCUUUUAUUUUAAUUUUUUUUAUUGAACAAAUCUCUGAUCAACUCUGGUCAAGCCACGCCACCUGAAUAUGACGCGAUGGAGGAUACUCGUGACGUCACGGCAACAUGGCGCACUCCGUAUAGCUGAAGUAUCAUGCGGCUGUGAAUAUAACACUUUUUUUACCGCAUAAUCUAAUACGUUACUCAGCUGUAACUCGAGAUUUAACAUUUUAAAUCUGUGCGACACACUACUGAAAAUAUGUUUGUUAAAGAGGAGCCUGAAGACACGAGUUAUCCAGAACCAUGCGGAAUCAAAACAGAAGAUACAGAUGCACAAGAAGAAGUGAAGGAGGAAAGUCAAGAACUGAAGGAAGAGGAGACGCCUCAGUAUCAGAAACCUCAUACUUUCAAACAUGAAGAAGCAUCUUUUAGCCGCACACAGACUGACAGGAAUUCAUCACACAAUAUUAUAGGAGCUAAUAAUUACUUAAUGUGCCCGCAGUGUGGAAAGUUUUACAAAUAUAAAGCACUUCUUGAUAUUCACAUGAGACUUCACACUGGAGAAAAGCCUUUCACGUGCCAAAACUGCGGGAAGAGUUUCACGCGUAAAGAAUCCUUAAAAGCACACAUGAGAGUUCAUACUGGAGAAAAGCCGUUCACGUGCCAUCAGUGUGGGAAGAGUUUUACACGUAAAGAUUCCUUAAACACGCACACAAGAGUUCACAACGGAGAAAAGCCAUUCGCAUGCCAUCACUGUGGAAAGAGUUUCCCGUGUAAAAAAAGACUCAAUUUCCACAUUAACGGUCACGAGAAAACUGAAAAGAAGGCUUUUAUAUGCCAAGAGUGUGGGAAGAGCUUCACACGUAAAUCCAACUUGAAUACGCACAUGAGAGUUCACACUGGAGAGACGCCGUUCACGUGUCAUCAAUGCGGAAAGGGUUUCACGUAUAAAGAAACUUUUAAUACACACAUGGCAAAUCACACCGGAGAAAAGCCGUUCACGUGUCAUCAAUGUGGGAGAAGUUACGCCAUUAAAAAAAGCCUAAAUUUGCACAUAAGAGUUCAUUCGACAGUCAAACGUUUCAUCUGCUCUCUGUGUGGAAAAGAUUUCAAAAUCAAAGAAACCUUAAAUCGUCACAUACGGAUUCACACAGGAGAAAAGCCUUACAUGUGCACCCAGUGCGGAAAGAGUUUCACACGUAAAGAUACUUUUAAUAAACAUUUGAGAUUUCACACUGGAGAGGAGACGUUCAAGUGCCAAUACUGUAGGAGAAGUUACUCAUGUAAACAAAGCCUACAUUUGCACAUGAGAAGUCAUGCAACAGUGCAUCCUUUCACCUGCCCUCAGUGUGGAAAAGGUUUCAAAACCCAAGAAACCUUAAAUCGGCACAUAAAAAUUCACACCAGAGAGAAGCCGUUCACAUGCCGUCAGUGCUUGCACAUAAGUUAUCCGUGUAAACUGUACCUUACUAGACACGUGAGAUUUCAUACGCCACCGUUCACCUGCCAUCGGUGCGGGAGAAGUUUCACAGUGAAAAGAUGUUUUGUUUGUCACAUGCGAGGUCACAGUGAAGAGAAGCCAUUCACAUGCCUACAGUGUGGAAAGAGUUUUACGAACAAAGAUGUUUUUAAUAUGCACAUAAGAAUACACAAUAGAGACAAGGCGUUCACAUGGCAUCAAGGUGGAAAGAGUUUCAUGUGCAAGACAACCUUUAAAACACACAUAUCUAUUAACAGUAAAGUGUUUUGAUGACAUUAGUGUGUUCACAUACGUGGACAUCGCAUUUUUUGUUGUUUGCACCGUUAUACUUAAUUCUGUGUAACUGGAACCUGUUAUACACAAACGUGGGCAAUUACACAGCUUCAUGUUAAAAAAAUGAUUGUUUAUUAUAUUUAUUGUUUUUUCCUAACCCCAAAUAGCUGGAAAAAAUCUGAGAAAAAGACAAACCAAAGCUCGGGUCUUAGGAAGUUAAAUCACAGUGCAAAUAAACGGUUUCUUCUGUUGAAUUUAAGCCCUACAUUUCUUUCAUUUACUGAAUGUUUAAAAAAAUGUAAUUUGUAUUUUUAUGUCAAAUUAUCUUUUUUUUUUAUGUGGUAUGUAGACCUCUCACUUUCAGGAUUCGAAUUACUUAUUUGCUUGGAAAAGAUUCCAUUGCCGAAGUAUGGGAACACUGAAUGUGCAAAUUUACACAUAAAUACAAAUGUGACCCUGCACCACAAAACCAGUCAUAAAGGUCAAUUUGUUUUACAUUAAGAUUUACAUAUUAGCUUAAAGUAAGCUUUCCAUUGAUGUAUGGUUUGUUAGGAUAGGACAAUAUAGGUCCGAGAGACAACUAUUUAAAAUCUGGAAAUUGAGGGUGCAAAAAUUCUAAAUAUUGAGAAAGCCUUUAAAGUUGUCCAAAUAAAGUCGUUAGCAACACAUAUUAUUGAUGAUAAAUAACUUUUUUUGAUAUAUUUACACUGUAAAAAAAUGCUGUAAUUAUGCAGAUGGUUGCCAGUAACUUACUGUAGAAGAUAAAGACUGAAAAUGUUUCAUGUUCAUUUAACUUUGAACAAACUGUUGUCAGUAAAUAACAUACAUGUAAAAUCUACAGUACUGUAAUUUCUACAGAAUUUUUUUACAGUGUAUGGUAGGAAAUUUACUAAAUAUUUUCAUUGAACAUGAUCUUUAUUUAAUAUCCUAAAGAUCUUUGGCAUAAAAAAUAGAUAUUUUUGACCCGUUUUGACUGUUUAAUUUUGACUAUUGCUGCAAAUAUGCCGUUCUACUGAUCACUGGUUUUGUGGUCCAUGGUUAAAAUUUUUUUUUACGAAGUAUGUGAAAAUGAAUGUUGGGUGAGUGAAUAAACCGUAAAAUAAAUGUACUAAUAGAAUUACAGCAUCUUGUCAUGAUUUUAUACAUUUGUGUAUUUGGCAGAGGCUUUAUGCGAUUAAAAGCAACAAUAAAAGAAAU